AUGAAAGUUUUCCAUUUGUGGGGGGUCAACGGUGAACCCAGUUUUAUAUCUCCGGAGAGUGUGGCAUUGUAUUGGAUUCUGAACGAUCCAGAACUAGGUUAUUUUACCAAUGAUGAUGAUGAUAAGGAGAUUGUUUUUUCUAACAAUACAGAUCUGUCCCCGACGGGUCAUUUACCACUGUUGAUUGUAAGUGAUGAGGGUAUGAACGACUUGAAAAUUGCAGGGUUUGAUAGCAUUAUUCGUUAUUUCCAACGGUUGAUGAUAACUGACGAUGAGCAUAAUGAACAACUGUAUGAGAAUGCUCUGUUGGAAUAUGUGAUGCAUGAUAUAUGUCCAUUGACUUUAUAUCAAUUGUAUUUGAAUAAAUCUAAUUAUGUUGGUUUCACAAGGAAACAAUUUUCAAAGCUGUUAUACUUCCCAAUGUGGUAUAAUGUUCCUAUAGGUUAUAGAGCGGCGAUUCGAUCUCAGUGUGAUAAACAACUGAAUUUGGAGUAUGCAUUGGUGGAAGAGGAUCCUGAUUAUGUUUCUGAUAAUGAAGACACAAAUGUGCUAGAUGUUGCCAACAUGGCCCAAUCCAAGACCUUUAAAUUGAAAGCCAAGAGUUUGGUACGAAACAAAAACGAAUUGUAUGAGAUAAAACAUAAUUUACAAUAUUUGAACAAGAUAACAGAUGUCCUGAAGGAAUGGUACACUAUAAGGUACGAGUCAUUACCUCGUGGGCACACACACUACGUGGCUGCCGAUAUCUUGUUGUGGGCAAAUAUAUAUAUUCAAAUAAAUCUUCCUGAGGGUUCCAAAGUUCUCGACAGGUUGACUGAGGAUUUAACUGAAGAGCAAGUGACACAAGUCCUGGAGAUCAUUGGCAAACUAAGUAAGAGAUGUAAUGUAUUGAAAGAGAGAGAUCCGAUUUUCAAAGAGCAAGGGAAUGUUGUAAUGUCACUGUAUCAUAAAUGUACAUCGUAUUUAAUAUAA